CGGCUCUGUCAGUGCGCAAAUCCCAGCAGAGGCAGCAGCGCUCCGGCAGAAGCGCCUGUUAACCGGGAGACAGAGGCUUUGUGCGCUGCGGUUCAAGCCAUCACCAGGGAGGGAGGACCUGCACCUUCCGCCGCUCAUCUCCCCGCAGCUUUGUCUCCUCCCGGGCGGCGGACGGACCUGAGACCAGCCGGGCUCGUCUCCGGAGCCCUCCUUAUGGGCUCACCAUGCGCAGGAUCCGGGCCAACGCCAUCGCGAUUCUGACCGUUGCGUGGAUCUUGGGAACGUUUUAUUACCUGUGGCAGGACAACAAGCCUCAGACGUCCCCGUCGUCGGCGUCGCAGCCCCGCGGCAGGAGCCAUGGGCAGAAGGUGGCCCCCGGCCGGCUGGAGAUCCACCGGGACGACAGGACCAUCCCGCUGAUAGUGACCCAGCCGCCCCGGACGGAGCAGCAGGGCCAGCUGCUGGGCACCUUCGAUGAGAGGGCCUACCUGGCCGGGAAGCAGCUGAAGCCGGGGGACGACCCGUACAGAGAGCACGCCUUCAACCUGCAGGAGAGCGACCGGCUGGGCAGCGAGCGAGCCAUCAGAGACACCCGACACUACAGGUGUGCAUCUUUGAAUUAUGACACAGACCUUCCCGCCACGAGCAUCAUCAUCACUUUCCACAACGAGGCUCGCUCUACUCUCCUGCGCACCAUCAAAAGCGUCCUGAUGCGGAGUCCACCGUCUCUGAUUCAAGAAAUCAUCCUGAUAGACGACUUCAGCUCUGACCCUGAGGACUGCCAGCUGCUCUCUCAGAUCCCCAAAGUGCACUGCCUGAGGAACGGCAGGAGAGAGGGUCUGAUCCGGUCACGGGUUCGGGGAGCCAACACGGCCUCGGCCUCCAUCCUGACCUUCUUAGACAGCCACUGUGAGGUGAACACCGACUGGCUGCAGCCCAUGAUCCAGAGAGUCAAGGAGGACCAUACGCGAGUGGUCAGCCCCAUCAUAGACGUCAUCAGCCUGGACAACUUCGCCUACUUGGCUGCCUCGGCCGACUUGAGAGGAGGGUUUGACUGGAGUCUGCACUUCAAAUGGGAGCAGAUUCCUAUCGAGCAGAAAAUGGCGAGGAGCGACCCGACGCAGCCAAUCAGGACUCCAGUCAUCGCGGGCGGGAUCUUCGUCAUGGACAAGAGCUGGUUCAACCACCUGGGCCAGUACGACACCCACAUGGACAUCUGGGGCGGGGAGAACUUUGAGCUCUCUUUCCGGGUGUGGAUGUGCGGCGGAAGCCUGGAGAUUCUGCCCUGCAGCCGCGUGGGUCACGUCUUCAGGAAGCGGCACCCGUACGACUUCCCAGAGGGCAACGCUCUCACCUACAUCAAGAACACACGGCGGGCAGCUGAGGUGUGGAUGGACGAGUAUAAACAGUACUACUACUCUGCAAGGCCCUCGGCGCAGGGCAAAGCCUUUGGCAGCAUCGCAGACCGCCUGACACUCCGACGGAAGCUGAACUGCAAGCCUUUCCGUUGGUAUAUGGAGAACGUCUACCCCGAGCUGAGGAUCCCCGAGCAGGAAGCGGUGUCCAGUGUGCUGAAACAAGGCGGGCUGUGUCUGGAGACCCAUGGAGCGGACAGCCUGGGCCUGGCUGAGUGCAGGGGCACAGGAGCAAACAGGCCACAGUCGCAGAGGUGGGAGCUUGUAGAGCCGCUGAUCCGGCAGCAGGACCUCUGCCUGGCCAUCACAGCCUUCACAGCAGGGUCAAAGGUCAAGAUGGAGCCCUGCAACACAAAAGAGCCCAGACAGAAAUGGAAGCCAAGAGGCACCGCGCUGCAGCACAUGGUGAGCGGCCUCUGCCUGGACAGUCAGCCCCUGGCCGGCCCUCCAGCCAUCACUCAAUGUCGCCCCCAGCUGGCCAGCCAGUCCUGGGAGCCGCAGCUAAUCACCUGAAAGAUCAGAGGGAGAGGGAGGAGCAGAGCAGAUCCUGGCCCUGGCCUGCAGAAGGACUCAGGGGAUCACAUCUGCACACUGUCUGCCGCCUUGCUGAGGGAUGAAAGGAGUGAGGCUGAGAACUGUAUUUUUGUGAUGUCUACUGCGAGCUCCUGUUCGAUGUGUCUGGAUGACAAGAGCAUCAGUGAAAACAUUUUAAGGCCUUGCUGAGCGAAUCAUCGGAGGUCUUAUCUUUUCUGUACAGCGCUUCAUCCUGUAAGGAUACUGCGGUUCUUCUAGGUAAUCUAAGCUUUUCACUGAAAACUGUUGCACAUUUCACUUUUUUUCUUUUCUGUAUCUAUCCUGGUCGACAAAUUGCUUAAAAUCGGACUGGUGAGGACUGCCUCAAAACAAACAAGUACUCUAGCAAAUGUGUUGAGGUGCACUUACUCUGACUAUCUGACUUAAUGUCACUGCUUGUCUUGUUGCCUAGUCUUAGGUUGAGGCAUGUCUGGUGACUGUGUGGACCAGGGCAGCUUUAUGUGUAGCCAACCAAGACCUGAGCUUUUUUUUUUUUUUUUUUUUUGGAUUUAUUUUUUAUUUUUUUAAUGCUGAAUAGCAGUCUUGAAGUACCAUGCAAAGCAUCAUCAGGAACAUUAUUUAUUGUUUUGCAUGGUCAAACCCAAAGAAUGUUUUUUUUUUUCUCUCUCUCAAAGAUUUUAUGUAAAUAUUGGAAGCAGAAUACAGCUUGGAUUUUGUGUAAAGUACCCUAUAUGUUGUUUGAAAAAUAAAAUGUGCUAACAAAUCCAGUUGUAAAUAA